UGCUGCUUACAGGCACCUGAAUUUGUUCUGUACUGCUGAUGAACGGACACAGGGGGACGCAUACACUGAAGAAGAGAAGUUCUUACAGUUCUGGGGGCUCGUUCGGGAUACAUCUGACCAGACUCACAUUAUGGCUAAGCGUGUGGCUGUGAUUGGAGCAGGCAGCUCUGGUCUGACCUCCAUCAAAUGCUGUUUAGAUGAAGGGCUGGAGCCUGUGUGCUUUGAGAGCAGUGAUGAUAUUGGAGGACUCUGGAAAUUUAAGGAACAACCUGAGGAAGAUCGAUGCGGCAUUUAUCGCUCUGUCAUUGUGAACACCUCUAAAGAGAUGAUGAGCUACAGUGAUUUCCCUAUGCCGGAUCAUUUCCCCAACUUCAUUCACAACUCUAUGGUCAUGCAGUACUUCAGACUCUAUGCCGAGAACUUCAAGCUGCUCAAACACAUUCACUUUCAGACCACAGUUCGCAGUGUGAGACAAAGGCCUGAUUUCUCUGACUCUGGUCAGUGGGAGGUGGUAACCGUGGACAGAGAUGGACGAGAGGAGACACGUGUGUUUGACGGUGUGCUGGUGGGUUCAGGACACUACACACAACCCAUCAAACCCCUCUCAGACUUCCCAGGUAUUGACACAUUCCCAGGGACAAUAACUCACAGCUGGGAAUAUAAGGACCCUGAUCCUUACUUUGGGAAGAGAGUAGUUGUCGUUGGAAUUGGGAAUUCUGGUGGAGACAUAGCCGUGGAGCUCAGCAGAGUGUGUGAGAAGACCUUUAUGAGUACCCGAAAAGGUGCUUGGGUCAGAGGUCGUGUGGCUGGUAGAGGGCUUCCUCUAGAUAUGACAGUGAUGACACGAGCUCGAGAUCUGAUUUAUGGCCUCCUGCCUCAACCUUUGCUUAACUGGUUUGGGGAGAGAAGCCUCAAUCAAAGACAUGAUCACAAGCUGUAUGGACUACAGGCUGAAUACAGGAUCCUCGACCACCAUGUCUGUAUAAACGAUGAUAUCCCAAGUCGCAUUCUGGUAGGAGAACUGGUGAUGAAAUCAAAUGUGCAGAAGUUUCAAGGCUCAACGGUUGUCUUUGAUGAUGGGACCGUAGAAGAGAAGAUUGAUGCAGUGAUCUUCUGCACAGGAUAUACUUAUAGAUUCCCCUUCCUCCCCGAUUCCUUAAACGCUGGUUCUGAUGGAGAUCUGAAACUUUAUAGAAGAGUCUUUCCUCCAUCUCUAGAGCGUCCCACACUGGCCAUUUUGGGCUUGAUGCGAACCAAAGGGGCGUUCAUACCAGUUGUAGAGCUACAGGCACGCUGGGCCACCAGGGUCAUUGCAGGACUAAACCAUCUUCCUUCAGCUGAAAAAAUGGAUAAAAUAAUUGAGAAAGACAUACAAGCGAAUUUGAAAGGUUACUGUCCCAAAGUGGCUGCCCUUCAAGUGGACCACAUCCCUUACCUAGACACAAUAGCAAAGGAAAUAGGUGUCCGUCCCAACAUUGCUUUGCUUCUCCUGAGGGACCCUGCUGUUGGUUUGAGGGUUUUCUUCGGGCCCUGUACUCCCUACCAGUAUCGACUGAGUGGACCGGGGCACUGGAGAGGUGCCCGUCAGGCCAUCCUUACCCAAUGGGAUCGUGUGGCCAAACCCAUGAAGACACGGCCCAUUCCAGAGCCCUCAUCCUCCAUCUUAUUUUUUUGGCUGGGCCUGUCAGGAGGAGCUGGAGUGAUUUUUGCUUUAAUGGCAAUGCAGAAAAAGGUCCCACUGUUCCUGAAUAUCUAUUAGAUCCCACAGAUAUCCCAAAUUCGAUUUUUGCAUAGCUGAUUGUGUUUUGUAAUCAAAUUUUUGUUAAAUCCUUGUCAAACACUGUUGUCAAACAAGUGUAUUUUUUUUGUUCUUAAAUUUAUCUCAUAGCAAGCAUUCUGUUUCAGCAUUUUCAUCACUUAAUAUAAAUGUUAAAAAUAUGUGGAGAAGCCUGAGUCUGCUAGGAUUGACAUUUUGUGUUUGGUGGUAUUAUCAUCAACUUGUCUACAUAUAAUUAAAGUCACUCUUACACAUUUAUGACUACAUUGUUUAUUGUAGUGGAACAUUUGAGAAAACUGUUGUAAAUUAUGAAAACAACAAUGAUGAAAACAUAUGACGUGAUGUCAUGUAGCAAAGAAAAAAUCUACACUUGGGUCGUGUAAGUGGCAAAAGAAAACCGCACUUUGCUGUUGCAUAAUGUUAACCAUUUUUUGACUAAUAAACGUUACUGAGCAAGAUCUCCGCCCCUUUUACGUCUACGU